AGGUCACCUUCACUCGUUGCUUGAUCGAUCAGGACAAAGUCAUGCCAUCAUACCAGCACGACUCGGCCAGGUAGAGCGCCGCAGGGGUUCAGACCCACCUGGCCGGCCCGACACCGGUUCACACAGCUUCACACGGACGCCUUCCCGCGACCUUGUACACACGCCCAGGCACACACUGAUGACUGCAACGGGAGAAGUAAACAGUUUCUGUUGUAUAAGUGCGGAGGCUGCCUUUGUGGGAGCGACGUGUAGCAAAGGGAGCCGAGUGCAGAAUGCAGGAUGAACGAGACUGUGCAAACGGACAUGAUUUUUACAAGCCCUCUUCAUAAUUAGAACAGCCAGGUAAACAUCACACUAUUUGGCUAGCAAGGGUUUUAAACAAAUGCGAAAAACGCGGACAAAUAAAACUAAAGAGGUUGGAAGUCCAUAUUCAUGCACUGCGGGGCUGCAUGCUCCAUGUGCAGUACGGAAAUUCCAGUGUAAUCAGAAUGAAUCAGAUGCGCGGCGCCCAUCACCGUUACGGAGGAGGGAAUCGGCGAACAAAAACGGACAGGACAAAUGCAAAAAGAGGAGCACGCAAAUGCGCCUUCGACCGGAUUUCCUGACGGAGGCCCUCGUCACACGCCCGGCGGGGGCGGUGGGGGGCGGGGGGAUUCCACGGGAGGCCAACCACAAAGACAACUCAAGCAAACCCCGCCCUCCAGCCUCAUCUUAAGCUCUCCCACCUUUCCUAACAACGCCAAUCUUCCCCGGAAUAUCAAAUAACAUAAAAAAAAAGAAUAGAACUUCAUGCCCAACCUAUCUACAAGGACCGACAAGCCACGCGUGCUUCAGAACAUCAGGACAAUAAAUUUCUGCAAAACGGUUUUAUGAAAUUCUCGACGACACCUUACUGCCUGAAGGUGUUUACCUGUGGGAGGCGAGGAGAUGCCAGGCAGGAGAAGGGAGGGCCGUGUUUCUAUCUUUGGAGUUUGUUUAUAUCUAUCUAUCUAUCUAUCUAUUUAUCUAUCUAUAUCUGUCUAUCUGUCUAUCUAUCUAUCUAUCUAUCUAUUUAUCUAUCUAUAUCUGUCUAUCUAUCU